AACACCGCCGUCAUCAACGCCAACACCAGCAACUGCGGAGCUCUCGUGCGUCAAGUCACUGAUUCUUCCACCUUUUAGCUAGCAGACCGUGCUUCUCGGUCGACCCCGCUUUGUGCGCACCACUCGCCGGCCUGCUCACAGCCUGCUCACUGAACCCCUCACGCUCGGUCUUCCGACGCCUGCCACAGCGCGCAGCCCGUUCGCGAUCGUAUCCAACUCGACCGAACCGUCAAGAUGUCUCACGAAGAAGAUCUGAUCGACUAUUCGGACGACGAACUCCAACAGACCGAUCUGCCCACCAACGGUGCGGCCGCCACCGGCGACAAGGUCGCUGACACCGCUGCCGACGCAAAGGGCAGCUAUGUCGGUAUCCACUCGACUGGAUUCCGCGAUUUUCUCCUGAAGCCGGAGCUCCUGCGCGCGAUCACCGAUUGCGGUUUCGAACAUCCUUCGGAGGUCCAGCAAGCUUGCAUUCCUCAAGCCAUCCUCGGAACCGAUGUCGUCUGCCAGGCCAAAUCCGGCCUGGGCAAGACCGCAGUCUUCGUCCUCGCGACUCUACAGCAGAUCGAACCGGUAGCCGGAGAAACCUCCGUGCUCGUCAUGUGCCACACCCGCGAGUUGGCCUACCAGAUCAAGAACGAGUACGCCCGCUUCAGCAAAUACAUGCCCGAGGUCAAGACGGCCGUAUUCUACGGUGGUACUCCCAUGCAGAAGGAUAUCGACAUGCUCGCGAAUAAAGACCAACACCCGCAUAUCAUCGUUGCUACCCCGGGCCGCCUCAACGCCCUCGUCCGCGAGAAGAAGUUGCGACUGGGCAACAUCCAGCGCUUUGUUCUCGAUGAGUGUGACAAGAUGCUGGAUCAGAUCGACAUGCGCCGUGAUGUUCAAGAAAUCUUCCGUGCGACCCCUCAGCAGAAGCAGGUGAUGAUGUUCAGCGCUACUCUCUCCGAGGACAUCCGCCCAAUUUGCAAGAAGUUCAUGCAGAACCCCCUUGAGAUCUAUAUCGACAAUCAGGAGAAGCUCACUCUCCACGGUCUUCAGCAAUACUACAUCAAGUUGGGUGAAGGCGAGAAGAACCGGAAGCUGAACGACCUCCUCGACACCCUGGAGUUUAAUCAAGUCAUCAUCUUCGUUAAGAGCACCCUUCGCGCCACCGAGCUCGACAAGUUGCUCCGCGAGUGCAACUUCCCCAGCAUCGCCGUCCAUUCUGGAGUCAGCCAGGAAGAGCGCAUCAAGCGCUACAAGGAAUUCAAGGAGUUCAACAAGCGCAUCUGCGUCGCCACCGACGUCUUCGGUCGUGGCAUCGACAUUGAGCGGAUCAAUCUCGCUAUCAACUACGAUCUCCCGAAUGACUCGGACUCGUAUCUGCAUCGUGUCGGACGUGCUGGUCGCUUCGGCACCAAAGGCCUGAGUAUCUCCUUCGUCGCUACCGCCGAAGACGAGGACGUCCUAAAGUCCAUCGAGAAACGCUUUGCCGUCUCUCUUGAAGAGUUCCCCGAGGGCGGUGUCGAUCCAUCCACCUACAUGGGAACCUAGGCUCGCUCACAGUCACUCUCUCUCACACCAAUCAUAGGUUUCUACAAUGCUUGUUUCGGGUCUGGGACUAAUGAUUGAAUUUGCGUGGUUUGAUUCCCAAAGGUCCUUUGUCCGAGAGUUUCUUGUGGGCGAAGGUAGAUCAAAGGGAAAACUGCAGGAAGCAGGGGUUUUUUGAAAGCUGGGACGGGACAAAAAAUCCGAAAAAG